UGUCACCAGUACGCCGCCCUGGCAUCCAACUGCUCAGCUUCAGAUGACCUUUCAGCGAUCAAUUGCAAUGAGUGUCCUGACGGUUGGCUUCACGUCGGGGAUCAGUGCUUCCACCUCGACCUCGACAAGGACUCCCAUUCAAACAGCACAGAUAAGUGUUCAGAGAUAGGUGCCCAUCUUGCCACCUUGACCACCAAAGAAGAGCAUGAUACCGUGGGAAAAGAAGCCACGAGACUGGGAGACUUACACUACUUCUGGAUCGGACUGAACGACAUUGAGAAGGAAGGAGAGUGGAAAUGGGCGGACAAAAAAACGCUUGAAAUUCCGUAUGUAUGACGCAACUAAUAUAAA